AUGGGGCGCCUGGCCCGGCUGGGCAUUGCCAGCCUGCUGCUCGGCGCCACGUGGGCAGUGCUGGCCGACGAGGGCACAGGGAAGGGGGAGAAGGUCGGGGAUGAGCUCGCGGUYUACGAAAACCUGGAUCUGGACAACUACGACCUCCCGCUGGACAACUACGGCGAGAUGGUCGAUCUGAGCAACUACGAGGAGCUUUACGACUACGGCGACCUGGCUCCCAAGAUUGAGGUGGGGACUCUGGCUCCCCUUUCCAAGGCUCGGGAAGCUGCCCCAGACCCGGGCACCACGGCCGAGACGCUGGAGCUGCAKCCGCCUUCCCCCAGCAGCCACGCGGGUCCCCAGGAGCCCGUCACCACGGGCGGGCCGGCGGGCUGCCGCCGCUGCCUCUGCCUCGGCACGUCGGCGUACUGCGACGACGCGGGGCUGGAGCGCGUGCCGCCGCUGCCGCCGCACACCGCCUACCUCUACGCCCGCUUCAACCGCAUCGGCCACGUGCGAGCCGCCGACUUCGCGGGGCUCGCGCAGCUCAAGCGCAUAGACCUGACCAGCAACUCCAUCUCGCGGGCAGACGCGGACGCUUUCCGGCUGCUGCCGGAGCUGCGGGAGCUCCUGCUGCCCGGGAACCGGCUCACGGCGCUGCCCGAGCUGCCCCGCAGCAUCGUGCGGCUGGACGCCCGUCUCAACAGGAUCCCCAGCGCCGGGCUCCGGCCCGACGCAUUCCGGGACCUGACGCAGCUGCAGUUCCUGCAUCUGUCCGACAACGAGCUGGACUCCAUCCCRGCGCCGCUGCCACAGAGCCUGCGCUCCCUGCACCUGCAGAACAACAACAUCCGGAGCCUGCAGGAGGACACGUUCUGCGACAGCCGCCACCAYGGCCACGUCCGCCGGCCGCUCGAGGACAUUCGCCUCGACGGCAACCCCAUCAACCUCAGCCUCUUCCCCAACGCCUAUUUCUGCCUGCCCCGCCUGCCCACCGGCCGCUUCCACUGA